AGGGGCGCCCGGAGCCAGCCGCGCAGCAUGCACUGGGGGGUUGGCUUUGCCUCGUCCAGGCCGUGCGUGGUGGAUCUGAGCUGGAACCAGAGCGUCUCCUUCUUCGGCUGGUGGGCCGGGUCCGAGGAGCCCUUCUCCUUUUAUGGGGACAUCAUCGCUUUCCCUUUGCAGGAUUACGGUGGGAUCAUGGCAGGGCUGGGCUCCGAUCCCUGGUGGAAGAAAACCCUUUACUUGACCGGGGGAGCUUUGCUGGCCGCAGCUGCGUAUCUGCUCCACGAACUCCUGGUCAUUAGGAAACAGCAAGAGAUUGACUCCAAAGAUGCUAUUAUUUUGCAUCAGUUUGCAAGACCUAACAAUGGUGUCCCCAGUUUAUCUCCUUUCUGUUUGAAAAUGGAAACUUAUUUAAGGAUGGCUGACUUACCCUAUCAGAACUAUUUUGGUGGAAAACUCUCUGCUCAAGGGAAAAUGCCUUGGAUUGAAUAUAACCAUGAAAAAGUUUCUGGCACAGAAUUCAUUAUUGACUUUCUGGAAGAGAAACUUGGAGUGAAUUUGAACAAAAACCUCGGCCCUCACGAAAGAGCUGUGUCACGUGCGGUGACCAAGAUGGUGGAGGAGCACUUCUACUGGACAUUAGCUUAUUGCCAGUGGGUGGACAAUCUCAAUGAGACCCGGAAGAUGCUCUCUCUUAGUGGUGGCGGUCCCUUCAGUAACCUGCUGAGGUGGGUCGUGUGCCACAUAACAAAAGGAAUUGUGAAGCGCGAGAUGCACGGCCAUGGCAUUGGCCGCUUCUCGGAGGAGGAGAUUUACAUGCUGAUGGAGAAGGACAUGCGCUCCUUAGCAGGGCUCUUGGGUGAUAAGAAGUACAUCAUGGGACCCAAGCUUUCCACUCUCGAUGCCACUGUCUUUGGACACUUGGCACAGGCAAUGUGGACCUUACCAGGGACAAGACCCGAGCGGCUGAUCAAAGGGGAACUGAUCAACCUUGCCAUGUACUGUGAGAGGAUAAGGAGGAAAUUCUGGCCCGAGUGGCACCGCGAUGACGAUAACACCAUCUACGAGUCCGAGGAGAGCAGCGAAGGCAGCAAAACGCACACUCCCCUGCUGGAUUUCAGCUUUUACUCAAGGACAGAGACCUUUGAAGACGAGGGCGCGGAGAACAGUUUUUCCAGAACCCCCGACACGGAUUUCACUGGGCACUCGCUCUUUGAUUCUGACGUGGACAUGGAUGACUACACAGACCACGAACAGUGCAAGUGACAUCCCUGCACAUCAGGGACAUCAGGCCUCGUUGACCGGCUUCCUUUGGAGCUACCACUCCCUGGGGGUUGGUCGAUUUCCCAGGUAGAAAUCCAUCUGAGCUGGGAGGAGAUCUUCGCGCUUGGCCGUUUUCACACACUAACUGGACUGUAGCCGCCUUAUUUCUUUUUUUGUAUAAAUGAAACAGAACCAUUCAGAUGACUCCAUUUAAAACAAACAGGCAAAAAAAAAAAAAAAAAAAAAAAAGUCAGCAUGGUUCCUGAAAUCCAUUUUUGUUUUCAUUAGAAAACUAAUAUUGUGGGGUAGAGCAGGUGAGUGAGCGGGCCAUCAGCUGAGAGUGUUUGUACUGAUCCUCGGCAACUGAGGCUUAGUUGUGAGAUGGAUUCUUGAAUAUCCUUCAUCCACCAGGGUUUGAAGUAAUGAGAGAUACCAUCAGAAAAAAUUCUAGGAGAUGAAUGUUCCUCGGUGGCUGCUUGUACAUUAUGUGUGUAUAUUGUAUGUUGAGAUGUGAGUCAAAGUCCACAGAUAUGCAAUGAACACCUACUAUGUGCAAAGCACUGUGCUAGGUGCUAAUCCACGUAAAUUUUAUUCUAAGCUCUGCCAGUGGCCAACUGUGUGAUUUUGGGCAAGAACCUUAACUAUUGUGUGCCUCAUUUUUCCCACCUGUAAAGUGGGGCUGACGAUACUCUCCACCUACCUACCUCACAGGGGUGUUGUGGGGAUUCAUUUGGUAACAUUCGUGCGGCGCUUUAAACCUCUUAGAAGUGAUGUGACAUGAACACAUCAUUUAAUUUUUUAUUGCGCUUCAUAUGUGUGAAGAUCUGAGGGCAAAGAAAUUCCAUAUCCAGAGAGCAAACACCACAGUCACUUGUGAAAGCUGAGCAGGUGAAACACAAGCAAAGCUGCAGUUAGGACUUGGUUAUCAUUCCUCUUUGUGAUCUUUAUUAAGUCAAAAUCUUUUAUUAAAAGAAUGUUGGAAAUAUUUUUACCCGUCAUCUUCAGCUAAAAAUGAUCUUCAGUUCUACUGUGCAUUUGCAGAAAAGUGUUUUUGUUGUCUGAACUCACACUGGAAUGUUCUUUGUUGCCUCCAGAGUGCUAAGUUGCCAUGUUUGAUUAAUUGGGAGAGAAUAAAGUUCAGGAAUAUGGUGGGUUUAACAGAGGUGAGGGGUAAGUAUUUGAUGAAUUUUUAUAGGCAGAAGCUUGCCAGUUUUGUGGGAAAUAGGGGCAAGGGUCCUGUGUGAUGGCUGUGGAUUUGGGCUAGGAGAGUUAGUGUUCAGAUGUAUACCUGCAAACAAAACUACUUUGCUUCUAACUGACUGGGUAAGGAUUAAUUUUAAAGAGGGACUUCUUAAAAGAAGCUUCUGGAAAAUUCAUGUACUUUGCUUGAAAAAGAAACUCUUGAGUGUAGAUCAUGUGCAACAAUCUUAAAAGACUGCUGUGGAUUCACAAGAGAGGUAAAAGGGGAGAGAUUUUGAGGCUGUUUACCAAUUAAGCAACUGCAGGGCAUAUGUAACUGGGGAUAAAUGCUGAGAUACCCUUAUUUAGAAAUUCUUAUUCCACAGAAAACGUAGUUGUGAAUAUUUUAUUCAAACCACUACUCUUGGAAGGGCCUGUCUGAUGCUUAAUGAGAAUGUGGUGGAGAAGAUACGCAUGAAUAAGCCUGUUGUGAGUCUCCAGCAACAUUUGGGAGGCCUGCUUGCCUGCUCUCUUUUCAGCAAGUGUGUUCUGAGGCCAGCUGGUAGCAGCUCUGUGUGACUAGGGAAACUCCUGGCCCAGAAAUGUGAUUAUAAUGAGCAAGUGGACUGUAGACUUGUCUCCACAAAGAUUGAGUUGCCCUUUCCUCACCCUUGGCUGGAAAGAAAGUUCUGAAAUUUUGCCUACCAUUUGUUAUUACUGUAUAGCACCAGUGUGAUGCAUUUCACUGCAAGAAUGAUUAAGUAUGAGUAUGUAUAUUCACAUGGCUUUUUUUGUGCAUUACUUGGAGAGCAAGUAUGUGGAGAGCCAGUGUUCAAAGUGAGGUUAGAACCAUUCAUUUCAUCCAGGUCCCUCCCACAAGGUCAUGAAUGGACUUUGCCACCUGAGGCUCGUGACCUGGCAUUCAGCAUUUUGUAUGGAACAAAUCCUGGGAUAUAUGGAAUAUAUCCCAGUUUUACUUUAUGGGUUAUGGAAUCAAAAGGACCAAAACAAAAUCACUGUAGUGUGAGAGGGCUUUAAUUUUUAUGUGCUUUAUUCUUGAGCUACCCAGAUUUGAAGUGUUCUCCAAUUUGAUGAGUAGGUGCUACUUCUAAGAAAAACAAUAGCAACAGCAAGAAAUUAAGGAACAUUUUGGUCAUCUGGCUCACUUAUUCAAUUUCUGUGUUUCUUUUUUGCUGGAAAGUAACUUUAAGGAAGCAUGGUCUUUAAUGUUAAUAGAUGCUUUUGAUUGGAGAGAAAACAGAAAUCAUGGGCCACCUAUUAUAACUUUUAUUGUAAAAAUAGUCUUCCCCUUUAUCUACCUCCCACCCCGACUCAUCAGGAUUAAUGAGCAGCAGUUAUAUGCUUUGCUGUCCAUCAGAACAGAUACAAGGACAGUAUCAGUUUAUGCAGAGAUAUACUAUAUGUUGUCAGACUUUAACAUUUUAUUGUUAUGUAAUUAAUUGCCAAUAAUUACACUACUGAGGCCAUGGGGCUACCAGAAAACUGAUUACAGGCUUGUUUGAACAGUUUGGACUUACAUCACCAACUGCAGUCUAAUUCUCACACAUAACCUGCCCACAUAUACAGAAGUAUUGAUGUAUGGGUAGGGCUCAAAGAAAGGAAGUGUUAAGGAUGUUAACCUCAUGGGUAUUGCCUAGAUUUGUUGAGAAGAAAGUGUAGAAUCGUAGAACCAUAUAGCUGGUUCAAGAAUUAGCUCUAGAAAGUGAUCCACUGAGGUUUGUUAUUGACUCAUAUACACACACAUUUUAGAGAUAAGGACCUAGAACUGGGGCCUUUUGUCUUGCCCUGGAGAAUUCUUUCCAUUACUCCACCUUGGCUUGGUUUCCUUAUAAAACCCGUGCUCCUGAGAAAUGAAUUCAUGUUUACAGAACCAGCACAGCCGCAGCCUCUCUCUGAGUGUGCGUGGAAUUCUCCUUCCCUUUCAUCCGCCAAGUCUAGUCAGCCUGGUCCAGGACAAUUCAACAGACCUUUCCUUAGUAUCUGAGGCUGGCACUGCUAGGCUUCAUGAAUAGUAGCAAGAUGGGCUUCCAAAUCACCAAGAUUCCUUUUUCUCUCUUAUUUAUCUUUUAAAUAAUCUGUGGGUAUUAACUCACUCACAGACUUUUUACUAAGUACCCACCCUGUGCCUGGUUCUGGAAUGCACACUUGCUAUUGAGUGUGUAAUUGAACAGACACAGCAUUCUGAUUUCAGGGCAUCCUCUUUUGCUUAGAUUUAGAUUUCUGUAAUUGACUUUUUUUUUUUUUAACACACUUGGCCACUUUCCUGAUCCAUCCCACCCAUCACCACUGGAGUAAUCCUUUGAGAAAACUCUGGCCCUAUGGAAUGCCCCCUAGCCUCAGGAUGAGGGUUACUCUAUCGGACCUGGUAUUCUAUUUCCUUAGUCGCUCAUCUCCCUUGGCUCCUCUGUGUUAGCCCCCAGUGCAGCAGGUCAAUCCGAUUGCCGCUGCCUAAACGUGCCUCAUGUGCCCCUACCUCUGUGCCUCUCUGCUCAUGCCAGUCCCCCUCCUGAAAUGCCCUACCCUCUUUUCCACUGGCCCCAAUCAUACCCAUCUCUUAAGGCCCAAAUUCAUCAGUUCCGCAUGAAGAAUUCCCACCUCAUUAUAAUCUCCUCUUCCUCUAAAAACAAAGUGCGUAUCAUUUCCUUCCCUGAAGGCUGUAUAGGAAAGGUUGUUCGGAAAAUGGGCUCUCAAGUAGUGUUUUCAUUUUUUUGUGUGUCAGGGAUUCCACUGAUAAUCUAAUGAAAGUCCUAUACCCUAUUCCCCAAAAGUACAUAUAUGCAAAUACCUAAACUUUUACAUAAAAAUUCAGGAGAUUUAGAGGCUUGAAAUUGUUCAUGAAUUCCUUAGGCAUUCCUGCUGGUUGAAGAGGUCUUCUUCUACAGUCUCUAAAUGUUACUAUUGUUGUUUGCUCUUUAACAGAUCCUGAGAGGAGAAUUAGCAUGAGUUAUGCAAGCAAAAGCAGUCUCUACUAUCAUCCAUGUUGAGUGUGUGUUGAGUGACAGAGAAGGAAGAAAGAAAAGCUAUUUUACUUUAUUUGAGAAAUUACCUUUGUUUUGACAGGUUUGGAAUUUCGAAAGUGAUAGGGUUCUGCUGUUGUUGUUGUUACAGUUGUUUAUCCUUUAACCAUCUCAAAAGUUGAUUUUUCAAAGUGAGUUUGGGACCAAUUGAGUUUCAUUUCAGCCCUGAAGCCCACCACUUCUGCAUGAGUAGACCUCUUGGUCUGGGGCUUCAAUGGGAAAGAAGCAGCUAGAUUUUUCCAAGGAAGAAAAUCAACACAAUCAUGUUUUCCUGUAUUCAUUCAUUCUUUUAUGGAACAAUUGUGGAGUGUAUUUUCAUUCAAAGGAUGGAGUCUUUUGAACAAGAAUCAGUGAAAGUAUACUCGAUGACAAAUCCUUCCCAGUCUAAAUGCUGAGCUCUGCCAGCCCAUCUUUAGCAAGUCCAGGGAUCAAUUGAUUGUGAUUGUGAAGUGCUUGACACCAGUUGCUCUGGUGCUCUGGCUAAAACUUGCACAGUUCAAAAGGAUCUCCUUGGGUCCGGAGUAAGGUGUCCCUCGUCUAUCAGAUUCUUGCCACUGUCGUAGGUAGAUGCAAAUAGCUAUGGGAUGUUUUCCUCUUUUGAAUUCCUUAGCAGGAACGUUGGUUGUUUUAGUCCCUAACUUUCAAGAAUAUCAUAAAAUAUUUAGUUUCCUAAAUAUUUGAGAUUUAUUGGCCUUGAUCCUUAGAGAUGGUUAUAAAGGGUACUGACAAAUAGCAUGAAGAACUCAGCUGUUUUAGAGCUGACAUUGUGACUUUCUUGAUCAUUCUAGAUCUUGCCAAAGCUGAGAAUUUGUCCCCAGACACUGGCUCUCCAAAACUCAUUCUGCUGGCUAGACCAUGACAAACUGGAAACUUGAAUUUCAUGAGGAUUAUUGUCCCCAAAUGUCUAAUUUGUGGACAAAUAAAGGGAACCAUUAAAAUAAGAAAACAAAUAACUAAUGGAAAUCCUGAAUAUUUCAGUGGGGAAAUAAGUUAUCUAGAGUGAAAGAUUAGUAUAGUACCCUGGAGUUUUGUACAUAAUUAAAUAAUUUCAGCAAUGAACUUGGUAGCUAUCAUUUGUAUUUAAAGAAAAUUCUUUUUGUCCCUCAUUACAGCUUUAAAUGUUUCGAAACUAUCCACUAAACAUAAAGCAAUGUGUAUAUUUGUGAAAAUCAGUUAAUUUUAUAAAAAGUAGUGUUACUAAAAGACUAAUUUACCUUCCACCCUACACCAGCAAGCAUUUACUUUUGUUUUUACUCUGUAGCACUGGAAUAAUUUUCAUUUGUCAAUAAUAUUUAAAUAGUUUCUUUGGUAAUUUUUCUCAAAAAUUACCCCAUGGCUUUUUUUUUUUUUAU